GCAGAUACUCGGGCUUCCAGGAGAAAUUAUCAUUAGGUAUCGUCGAAUUGAUUAUCAUCGAAAUUAAUUAAAUCUCAAUGGCUCAAACACAGCAAUUUGUAUCUAAUUGUAUCUUCUGUAAAAUUAUUAGAAACGAGGAAUCUGGUGAAAAAAUUUAUGAGGAUGAAGAUGUCACAUGCAUUAAAGAUAUUAAUCCAGUGUCUACACAUCAUUAUUUAAUAAUACCGAAUAAACAUAUACCCAAUGCAAAAACACUUCAACCUGAAGAUUCUGAACUUUUCAACAAGAUUGUUGCUGCAGUAGACGUUAUCUCCGAAAAAAUGAAUCUUGAUCCUGCAUCUACGCGAACAGGAUUUCAUUGGCCACCAUUUAAUACCGUUCAUCAUUUACAUUUACAUGUUAUUUCGCCAAUAGAGAAAAUGAAUGGUAUAAGAAAGUUGAUGUUCCCCAAACCCAAUAACUAUUGGUUUGUGAGCGAUGAACAAAAAUAACGGAUGCCGCAGAGUAAAAUUUUCGGACAUCUAAUAUCAAAUCGAUGAAGACGUCCACGUUGAGACAAAUCCCUGCUGAAAUUCCGAGAAGAAUGAAAAGUAGCAUCGACGAACAGAGCAGUAAUCUCAUUUUGUUGGAGAAUUGGUUGAGAAUUUACCACGCGAUAAAUCAGAAAGACUAUAACUAAACGACUAAAAUUU